AUUGUCGUGAUCCAAAAAACAGAAUAGAUUGAUCCAAAUCAUGUUUAAUCAUCCUUGAUGAUGUCUUUGCCACCAUAUCAUUCACUAAGUAGAUUAGAUUAUCUUCUGCUACGAUUACAGCUAGAGUUGAAAAAGACAAGCACAUUACGAAUUGUUAUCAUUGCCAUCGUAUUACAUUCAUUAUUUUCUAUUCUAUUAAUUCAUAAUUAUCUUAAUUAUUAUAGUGAUACCUAUCAUAGUAAACAUUCAACUAGUCAUGAGCAUCCGGACAAAGGAAAAAUAUCUAUAUUUUCCAAACCAAUCACCAAUGAUGACAUUGAUUGCGAACGGCGUUAUAAAUUGAUUAAAAUGGAUUUCAACGAUCCAACUGUAUUCGGACCAAAUGCAAUUAAUUUAUUGCAUUCAAAUCUAAUACAAUCAAAGCAGCUCACACACAUCGGUUGGUUCAGUGAUCAUUUUCGUUGGGAUGAAAAAAUUCAAUGUUUCAAUAAUCGUUGGACACUUUGUGAUAAGAUUUUCAUUGCUAAAUGUAAACCAAAUUCAAUACGAGCCAUUUAUCAAUUUGUACCCUUUAAACUUGAAUCGAACGUUCGACAUUUGUUUUUUAGUCUUCGUGCUACAGCCGAACAAUUAGUCGAACAAUCUCAUGAUGGUUUCUAUGGAAUGUUAGCAUUAAUUGAAUUCAUUGAUUUCACUGAUGAAAUUAUCAAGCUAAAAUUUCGUUAUGAAAGUGAAUCCUGGUCACUUCGUGUAGAAGAUUAUCGUUCAACAAAAACGAUUAAAUCGGUUACAAUUAUGUUGGCAUGCUAUGGAUAUUCUGGCAUUGCAUCAUUUACCGAUGUUCGUUUGACCAGUGAAUCUGCUGGACUUGAUCCACUUUUUUCAGCUUAUGACAUAUGUUCGUGGUGUUCAUUCAAACUGACGGAUCAUCAAGUUAAGAAAUCGAAUCAAUUUUCGAAUCCAGAAUAUGAAAUUCUGAAAAUGCCUCGUUAUGAAAAAUCGAUCUCAAAUCAUCAAAUAACAUUCGUUUCGCAAGUAUCUAUGGAUCGACUAGUCAUUCUUGAACAAUCAUUACGUACUUGGAAUGGACCGGUUUCCAUAUCCAUUUAUAUAUUGACCAAUAAUUCGACAAACGGUAGAAUCCAAGAUUGGCAACGUCUAUACAUUAAUAAAAAGAUUGGCUCAUUGAAAAUAUCAUUGGAAAAAAGUACAAUCAUUUUAGUGCCUUCGGUCAAUCCAGAUCAUUAUCCGAUUAAUGUUUUACGUAAUUUAGCCAUCAAAAUGGUUCAGACUAGAUUCAUGUUUCUGGUGGAUGCAGAUUUUCAACCAUCACCUAAUCUUGAGGCAAAUUUUCUUAGCUCAAUGAAUAAAUAUCAUUCCAACUACCUGCGACAACACGAUAUGAAUGGCUGCCGUAUUGCUUUUGUUGUUCCAGCUUUUGAAUACCUUGAUAUACCAAAUAAAGAGGAUCCUAUCUUAAAAAGCAAAGAUGAAUUGAUACAAUUAAUACAUCGUGAUGAUCCAAUGAUCGAACCGUUUCGUUUACAUGAAUCAAAUGAAGUUCAUGGCCUAACUGAUUAUUGGAAAUGGUAUCAUGCUAAUAGGCCAUACAAUAUAACCUAUAAAUUCCAUGAUAAAUACGAACCAUACAUUAUAGUCGAGAAAAAUUCCUAUUUUCCAAUGUACGAUGAAAAUUUAUUCAAUUAUGGAAUGAACAAAGUAAUGCAUAUCACUGAAAUGUUUGCUGCAAAUUAUACAUUCGAAGUAUUGGACAAUGUUUGGACCAUACAUUUUCAACAUCGUUCAACACCUUAUUAUACGGAUUUUUUGAAAAAUCUAACCUACAGACUUCGCAAUCGGGCUGAACGUUUUAAGGUUUUACAACGUAUCAUCCAUCAAUAUGAUGUUCUAUUAGAUCAAUGUCGAUUACGAAAUUGAGAAGAAAAAAAAUUUGAUCUAGUCAUUUUAAAUUUAGAUGUACAUUAUUUUUAUUUGAUAAAGAAU